UCGACAGACCCAUUUGUUAUUUUAUACAUUUAUUAAACUGAGAUUUCUGCACACGCUUUGACAUCUUCCCUUUCCGCUGACAUUCAAAUCUCGAUGGCCAAUUCGUACUACAGGCUAUACGUUGAGAACGAUACCUAUCUCUGCCCGGUUCAACUUUGAUCUCUCUCAUGGCAAUUGCUGUAGCUUCUUCACUUACCUUCGAAGGGGCCUGUUGCUCGACAUCAUAUGCAUUCACAAGCAGUUGGAAUAGAUAUUCUUGUGAUGUUCGUGGCAGAAACCCAAUGUUUGGAUCAACAGAAUUACAUUGGUUGUCUAAGGGACGUGACCUUCGCUUGUCAAAAGUUUCAGUUGCUGCAGAUUAUCCAGAUUCAGUUCCAGAUUCAUCAAGUUACUUGACUAACCAAGGUUAUCAUCCUCUUGAAGAUCUAAAAGUUUGCAAAAGAGCACGGGACACUGAACUCACUGCAGCAGAAGUAGCAAGGACAGCUGUGGAGGUCAAUAGCAACGCUUUGCUAUUAUUUCCUGGAACUGUGCACAGUGAACCACACGAACAAGUAUCUUGGGAUGAGUUUCAAUAUGUUAUCGACGAUUAUGGAGAUUUGUAUUUUGAAAUUUUUGACAAUGUGAACAUGUUAGAAGAUCGUGGAGCACACAAUCCUGUGAAUGCUUUGAUUGGAAUGGACAUGCAAAUGUAUGAGAGUAGGAGGAUAGUUGGAGAUUAUAAUGCGCCAGAUAGUGGCAAUGGUGAUGUUGUUCCUUUUGAUUAUGACUAUAUUGAGGUAGUGGAAACUGAUUUGUCUGAUAUUCCAGUUGACUGGGGAGUUCCAGAUGUUUCUAGCUUGGUUCAUCCUGUAUAUUUUGCCAAGUGCUUGAAUAAGGUUAUCAAUAUGGAAUACGAUAAAAAGAUGAAGCAUCCUUCAAAUGGAGUUUCCAUUUUGGGAUGUCUCAGACCUGCAUUUGCUGAUGAAGAAUCUUAUAUAAGAAGAUUAUUUUACUUUGAAGGAAGUGAAGGCUACACCACAGAAUGGAAAGGUUUAGAUGGUGAAGCCUUGAGCUUCGAGUCCAAAAGUGAUAAAAGCAGCCAAAGAUCAACUCUCUACAGGUUGGAGAUAAUGAGAAUUGAGCUCUUCUCAGUGUAUGGAGUUCAGACUGAAAUCAGUUUGCAAGAUUUUCAAGAAGCUGAGCCUGAUAUUCUUGUGCACUCCACUGCGGAAAUUGUAGAGCAUUUUAGUGAGAAGGGUAUUAGGUGUAAUAUUGCUCUUAAAGCUCUUUGCAAAAAAAGAGGUCUUCAUGUUGAGGACGCUAUUUUGAUAGGAGUCGAUAGUCUUGGCAUGGAUGUGAGGGUAUGUUUCGGGACAGAAGUACGGACUUUUCGAUUUCCCUUCAAAAUCCGGGCAACAUCUGAAGUUGCAGCAGAGAAGCAAAUUCAGCAACUCUUGUUCCCACGGUCUCGUCGUAAGAAAUUACGAAGCCAUGGAGAUGGAUUUAGAGACAGUGUCAGUUUUUAGAACACCCUGUGCAUUAUUGUGAGAUUUGGAGGAUCUUAGAAACAAAUUUCAAAGCUCAAGGUGACUUCUUCACUCAAAUCUGUCACAUUAGAGUCUUAGUUUCUGAAUUGUACAGUUCAAGUUGUAUAAUGUAUUCUCUGUUUAUUACGGAUUCUCUGUCUGCCCUCAGUUGUAUUUGGUACCCUCUUCACCUUCAUAUCUGAAUUCCCUGGGGUGUCCUCCCCUCACCGGCUUUGAGAAAUUUGUUGAGCUCUGUCAUCAAUCAUCUUGUUCUUCGAGAUCUUUUAUUGGCGCAAGCUUCUUUUCAUUCAAUAAAAUUUUUAUUAUGCAAUUA